CCCGUGCCGUUUCCUCCAUGAUUGUCUCUUGGGCUGUUGAUUGAUCGGAUUCAGACGUGCAGUUUUUUAUUGCUCUUUGGGGACACCUAGUGGUCGACGGUGGUAUCGCAUGGAAUGAACGUGACGGAGACCGGGGCUAGUUGUCACAGGGGUUGCAUGUCAAUGGGAUCGAGACAAAAGGCCAAUUACGCAAAUGCUCACAGAAUUUUUGUGCCUCGACACUAUCUAUCUGAAACAUUCCUUCUCCGUCUUCAAUGGCAACAAUACAGUCAUACAAGCCAAUUCUAAAUGACUUUGGACCACCUUCAUUGGGAUUCCCACAGGGUCCAAAUGGAAACCAAGUACCUCAGAGUAAAUAUGCUGAACUCCUCGCCAUCAUCGAAGAACUUGGGAAAGAAAUAAGGCCAACAUAUGCAGGGAGUAAAAGCGCCAUGGAGCGACUUAAAAGAGGUAUCAUUCACGCCAGAGGGCUCGUCCGUGAGUGUCUGGCAGAGACAGAAAGAAACGCGAGAUCCUAGCGCCUCCUUCCUCAUUCUCUCCAUCCGGCUGAAAGAACUGUGUCUUCUACACCGUCACACGGGAAUCAUGCAUGCCUUUCCUUUGAGGGGGAUAAAACAAUCAACAAGUGGAGCAUUUAUGUUACGAGUCGCGCUUCUCAUCUGUGGUGUGGAGGGAAUAAGGCACGACGCAGAGAGUAUAUCAUCAUCUGAUUUAUAAAUGCGAGAGAUCUGGAAGAACUGUUGCCAUUUGAGUUGUUUUUAUAUAUUUCAUUUUCUUUGACCACAUAGUAUCUUUAAGAACAAAUUAGCAAAAAUGCAUGCAACCGGAUUAACGGUCCCACAUUAGAAUCUGCAUGGCUUUUACAGGUUAGACUAGGUAUGUGCUUUUAGAAAUAGCUCUCAGGAUGAUAUUUUCUCCUCGGACACUCUCGCGGAAAGCCGAGCGUCGGGGAGAUACUCCAAAAGUAUUAUAGUGAUGCCAUUACUUUCGUCUUUAUUUGUAUUUAUUACCUUGUGUAAUACAAUGUAUUUUCAUGUAAAGACAAAAAAAGGUCACUCUUUGGAAUUUUGUAUAUCUGUCAAUAAAUAUGACAUUCAUUGUGUAUGAAA